UGUGUUGCGGAUACGUCUGUCAGUUGGACUCACCUGGCUGGCCUUGGCAUUGACCUCUCCUUUUGAAAAGAGCUUCUCUACGACCCUCAUGUCCUCCUGGGUUUCUACUGCUGCCAGUGCUGCCAGCAUGAUGGAUCCACCUCCGUCCUGUUGACUGAGUCCUGGGUUGGGUUCAUCACGUGUAGGAGAGUGGACUGAAGUUUGAGAUGGCGUUUGAAAUUCUUUCCUCACUGAAGAAGAACAGGGUAAAUGCAUCACAUCUGGAUUCAGAGGUCCUCCAUAAAAACAGCCCCGUGGUUAAGACCUGAACGCUAAGCAACACUGGUGGAUUUCACUCGAGGCAUUCGGUCCCGGUCCCACACCUGACAGCAACAUGUCUGACAAAGGAGCCUUCGAUACCAACGUCGUGACCCUCACCAGGUUUGUCCUGGAGGAGGGCAGGAAGGCACAGGGCACAGGUGAGCUCACCAACCUGCUCAACUCCAUCUGCACAGCUGUCAAAGCCAUUUCCACCGCUGUCAGGAAGGCUGGGAUCGCUAACCUAUAUGGUAUUGCCGGAAGCACAAACGUGACAGGGGACCAGGUGAAGAAGCUGGACGUCCUGUCCAACGACCUGGUCAUUAACAUGAUCAAAUCCUCCUUCUCCUCCUGUGUGCUGGUGUCAGAGGAAGAUGAGAAGGCCCUCAUCGUGGACCCAGACCAGAGAGGCAAGUACAUCGUGUGCUUCGAUCCAUUGGAUGGUUCAUCAAAUAUCGACUGCCUCGUGUCUAUCGGAACAAUAUUUGCCAUCUACAAAAAGACAACCAAUGGUGAGCCCUGUGAGCAGGAUGCCUUACAGCCUGGACGGAACAUUGUUGCUGCUGGAUAUGCUCUGUACGGUAGCGCCACCAUGAUGGUCCUGUCUACCGGUCUGGGAGUGAACUGCUUCAUGCUCGAUCCUGCGAUAGGUGAAUUUAUCCUGGUGGACCGUGAUGUGAAAAUAAAAAAGAAGGGAAAAAUCUACAGUUUGAAUGAAGGCUAUGCACAACACUUUUAUCCAGAUGUGACAGAGUACCUGCAGAAGAAGAAAUUCCCAGAGGAUGGUUCCGCUCCAUAUGGCAGUCGCUACGUUGGCUCCAUGGUGGCUGAUGUCCAUCGUACUUUGGUGUAUGGAGGAAUCUUUUUAUAUCCCGCUAACGUGAAGAGUCCGAAGGGAAAGCUGAGGCUGCUGUAUGAAUGCAACCCCAUGGCCUUCAUCAUGGAGCAGGCAGGAGGCUUGGCCACCACUGGAGCCAUGAACGUCCUGGACAUCCAGCCCUCCACCAUCCACCAGCGAGUCCCCGUGGUCCUCGGAUCCCCUGAUGAUGUGCAAGAAUAUAUUUCAAUUUACAAGAAACAUAACAAAUAAGCUGAACUGAAGAAGAUUCCAGAACGACUGGACCUCAGGACACCUCUCACUGCUCUGACUGCUGUACCUUCUUGUUCCUCUCUGUAUUUUUUUUAAUGAAGUAAAAAAAAAAAAAUUCUUAAAA